UAUUAUCAUUCUUGUCAUUUUCCAUGAGUGAAAAAAUCAGAAGCCAUGGCACUCGAGUGAAAUUUUAUCAUUUUUCGCAGUAAUUUAGUGAGUUUUUCGUGAAAAAUUUGUUGCCUUGCCCAACUCGGUGUGUGACAAACAGUGAAUGCGAUGUAUGGUCGUGGAAAUAGCGGCGGGAGAGGUCAAAAUGGAUCCAAAAACUAUUCGGCUCGUACGGCUGCCGGCGGUGGCGGAGCCUCAUCCACUGUUGUAAUGGCUCCGGUGAAAAACUAUCAAACGGUUCCGGCGGAUACCGGACUGGUAGGAUCUGGUGGAGGCGCCAUGCUCGAGGGCGAAUGGAGUUCGCUGAAUCCUAGUUUAUAUCAAAAUAUGUCGAAUGAGCAAGUUGAUUGGGCGGCGCUCGCCCAGCAGUGGAUUCAGAUGAAGGAAACGCUACCGGCCGACAUGGUUCCGGCAGCUCCUCCACCGCCGAUCAUUUCGGAAAGUUACGGUUCCAACAGUCGAGAUUCCCUCCCGGAUGGUAGUCAUAUGGGAUCGGCGGAGGAACAAGGCGAGGCCCCUAUGGAAGUGGAACGCGACGAAGAUCAUUCAGCAAUGGUUCACCAGCAGCAGCAAUCGGCCAAUCCGUGGGACAAUGGAUCGGUAUCGUGGCAAUAUCCUGCCCACAAUGAAUGGCGCAAUCCAGCAUGGGAUUCAAGCUGGUCCUCGGCUGUGCCCAACGCGGACAAAGCCUAUGAUGCUGUGUCGGUCGCGGUCAAUCCCAAUGCCUCCCUCGCUGUUGCCAAUUGGCAAGCCAAGAUGGCACGGAUCUAUAAAUUCGGAGAUCCUAGUAAUUCAAACGCCAUUGCCGGAACCGUGCAGCCUACAGGUCAGUCGAGCCACCAGCAAGACACGAUGCCAUCGUCGAAACGAAUUCCGGGUCUGAUGGACCAGGUAAUAAAACUAGAUCAUCAUCAAGAUUCCGGGGAGCACGGCGAUCCGGACGAUGAUACAACUCAAACUAUCAACGAUGCCAAGCGGAAGCUGCUCCCGGCUUGGAUCCGCGAGGGACUCGAGAAAAUGGAACGCGAGAAGCUACGGCAAGCAGAGAAAGAAAAGGAGCAACAGCAGCGGGCGGAAAUGCUGCAACAGAGAAGACAGGCGGAACUGGAGGCGCUGAAUGAAUUGGAAGACGCCAAACGGAAGAGCAAGUUUGAAUCAGAUUCGGAAGAAGAUGAGCCGAGAAACGAAGAUCAGCAGGAUGAUGAACGGCAAGGAGCAGACAGUCCCAUGCCCACACGCUCGCGAGAAGAAAUUUUGCAGGAACUGAUGAUUGCGGUUCGCAAAAACCUCACGGAAAUUCUGCUGGAGGUGACCAAUGAAGAAAUCGCCCUUGUGGCCAAAGAAACCUUAGCUAAGACCCGGAGAAAAGGUAGCCGUCUGCUUAGAUUAAGUGCUAACCCCGGUUUUCUUUUCUCUUUUUGUAGCAUUGGGUCAAGCUGCGGUCUUGAUGCAAUCCUCGGCGGAUUUGCAAUGUCCUCUGUGGCUCUCCAAUAUACAAUUCCCCAAUCACGUCUUGUCUUGUCCAACAGGGCUAUUACCUUCGAUAGUUUUCUCCCGAUUUUUGUUGUUUCUUUCUCACACAAUCCCAUAAAUAGCCAACCAAAUCAAAAUUGUUCCUCUCUUUGCAUACAUUUCGUUGUCGUUACCCAAUGUCCAAAAAAAUACUUAGCACCAACAGCUCAAGCGCUGCGAAAGACCGGUCUUGCAACUCUCACAGGUGGACUUGGUCUAGGCAUCUACGGCGAUAGCGAUGAUGAGGACGAAAGCGGUUCGGAUAACGGUGAUGAUGAUGAUGACGUGGGAAACAGCGAAGAUGAUGAGGAAGCUGAAAAAGUAUUGAAGACCACCAUCAAGCAAAGGCAGAAGGAAUUCGAAUGGACAGCGCGUGAGAUCGAGGAAGAAAUUGCCAAGGAAGAAGCCGCAGAGGAACGCCGGAAGCGAGAGUAUGAGCAACUGAUGCGUCAAAAAGAUCAACAGAACAACGUCAGCGAUGAAGAGGAUUACACCACAGGCGGCGGUGGUCGAGCUGGGUUGGGACAUUCCCAAGCGGCAGGAACCAGCAGCGGAGGUGGUAAAUUUGGACCAAGAGACGGUGAGACCCAGCCUGUUAAUGAUAAACUAUAUGCCUACAAGCUCGGGCGAUCGCGUGACAAGCGGGUUUCUCGGUUUAGUGACCCGAAGGAUACGGUUCGUCAGACUCAUAUAACACAUGUAGCAAUCGUUAAUCACAAACCAGGUGAAGCUGUAUCUUCCAUGGCCGUUCCGAAGGCUGCUCCGAUUGGCGCCACUAGCACUGUCGUGUCUCCGCCGGUGCUAGAUUCCAUAUCAACGCCACUUUUCCCUGCAGCUAUUGCAGCGGCCAGGCAUUUGGAAGAACUCCGCCGGGGUAGCAGUGUCGCUUCGGAAACACCAUCCAAUGCCUCCAGUAGUCGGGCAUCGUCUUCGCGUCGCGAAAUGGAAAGUCGCAAAACGUCACACAAGUCGCAUAAAAGCAAAAAACACAAACGAUCUAGGCACAGCCGCAGCGACGAGGAAGAUGACGAUUACUACGAUAACGACGACGAUCGCUAUUCGCAACACUCGCGUCGAUCACGUAGCUCCGAGAGGAGCAGCUAUUCGCAACGGCGUCGAAGAUCCUACUCGAGAGAUUCCCGGGACGACGAUCGAGAUCGCAAGUAUUCGUACAAAUCGCGCGAUCGGUCUCGAUCGAGAUCUCGCGAUCGGUACAAAUCAUCCAGAAGGCGAUCUCGAAGUCGUUCUAGGUCUCCGUCUAGGCGACGAUAUUAGAAAAAAAAAUGGUUUCUUGGUUUGGAAUGUGUGGUCUCUCCGGUUUAGGAUUUAUCCAAGUCAGGUACCUACUGCACUGUAUUAUCAGACGGUAGUUUGAUAGAUUAUAUUUAAAAAUAUCCCGUUUCGUUGAUUUUCCAACGCGAGUUGUAAAGUAUUUGGCUUACGAUCGAUCGUAAGGCAUUUUGCAAUUAUUGGUUAAAAUUGAUAGAAGUGCAAGUGAAGUAUACCUAAACCUAUAAUAAAACACGGAUAAAGUGUUGCGUUUGAAGCAAAUAGCAGUGUCGACAAAACAGCAUUCUACUAAAAUAGUAUGAAAUUUGGUGUAGUUUUUGGUAGUGAUGCAUUACAAAAUAUAUGGAAAAACAGCUACUUUAAAAGUGAAAUAGAACAGAUAUAUUCAACACACAGCCUCUACAGCAACUGCAGCAAGUAAUAAAAUAGCAAACAAAUUGAACAUGCAUGCUUAAUAACGACGCGUUCCUACAGGCGUCGAAUAUUCAGUUAAACUACCCCUAUAACAAACCAAAACGGAAAAAUAUAAAUUUCUAUCUUUCCCAGCUUUAA